UCGGUAAUGUUCGUCGAGAGGGCGCGGCGAAGCUUCCUCCUUCCUCUCGUCUCGUGAGCCGUCAUGAAUUAGCAUCCGAUAGCGCUUUGGUCAGCUUUGGUUGGUGUCGAGAACGAUCGAAAGGAUCGUGUGCAACGCGAACUCGAAAUUCGAAGCAACGGCACCAGGUCUAGAAUAAGCCCGCGCGCGUGUCCGCAUGAUCGCUUGGAUUUGGUGUUUUCUCGCAGUCUCGCCAGUUACAUCGGUGAGAGAUUUGCGAUUGUCUGUAUCGUAGUACCGGUGUCGUGUCGUGGUGACCGUGUCCACGCGCGAAUAAUUCUCGAAGGAAUUAUGACCGCGAGUGGCGUGGCUGGCAACAGUCCGCUGCCAAAAUGGCAACUCGCCCUGGUGGUUGGAGCGCCGGUCGCCCUUGGUCUCGGCUACAUGUAUUACAAGAACAAGAAUAGCAACGGCAGUAGCGAUAGGGCCAGCAAGUCGUCGGAACGUGAUAAGUUCAGGAGCGGCACGACGUCAUCCAAGGAGAAUGGAGCGCCUGCCGACAAGCAGAUCUCCAUCGACGGCGACUGUCCACCGAAAGUGCCUUCUCCUGUAACUGAGUCGGAGGUUAAGAGAUCGUGGAUUAUGAUUCCUUUACAAAAGGCGCAAAAAUAUAAAAAUGAAGGAAAUGUACAAUUCAAGAUGGGAAAAUAUGAUGAAGCCAUAAUACGAUAUAAUAAAGCAAUUGAUAUUUGUCCAAACGAGAAUAAGGAGGACCUUGCAACUUUUUAUCAAAAUAGAGCAGCUGCUUAUGAACAAUUGAAAAAGUAUAGUGCUGUAAAGGCAGAUUGUACAAAAGCAUUGGAAUUAAAUCCAAAAUAUGCAAAAGCUUUGUUACGUCGAGCACGUGCUUUGGAACAAAUAGGUGAUUUGGAAGCCGCCUUGGAAGAUAUCACUGCCGCAUGUAUUCAUGAAGGCUUUUAUAAUCAGACUUCCCUUUCAUUGGCGGAUAAAGUUUUGGGAAAGCUUGGAAAGCAACAUGCUCAGGAAAAUUUAGCAAACAAAAAAUUCAUAAUGCCAAGCAAACAUUUCAUCAAAACUUAUAUCAUGUCUUUUCCUAAUGAUCCAGUAUUUACUAGGCUUCAACAUUCAGAAGAUAUUCCACAAUUUUUUAAAAAACCAUUACAAGCAUUAAAAGACGAAGAAUAUGAUGAUAUAAUACCGUUGUGCACAGAAGUUAUUAAGAGUUCUGAAUUUAAUAUAUUACCUUCGUCUAAAAUGGAAGUAUUACUUUUACGAGCUACAUUUCAUCUUCUCUUGGGCGAGUAUGAUGCUGCAAUUCAAGAUUUUGAAAGUAUAUUAAAUAGCGAAGAAACGUCCAAAGAUGUAAAAGUAAAUGCUCUAAUAAAGAGGGCAACCUUAUAUAUGCAACUUGAAAAUCCAGACAUGACUUUCAAGGAUUUUGAACUAGCUAUUAGUAUAAAUCCAAAAUAUGGUGAUAUUUAUCAUCAUAGAGGACAGCUGAAUUUACUCAUGCAUAAAAUGGAUGAAGCUAAAAGCGAUUAUGAAAAGGCAAUCCAUUAUAACCCAGAUUUUGGUAUUGCAUAUGUCCAAAAAUGUUACACAGACUAUCGUUUUGCGAUCUUUAACAGAGAUGUGAGACUAGCUGAAGAGGCAAUGAAAGAUUUUGAGAAAGCUUUCAUAAAAUUCCCGGAUCGUUCUGAAUGUUAUAUGUUAUAUGCUCAGAUGAUGGCUGAAACUCAACAAUAUGAUAAAGCAGAUAUGUAUUUUGCUAAAGCAAUAGAGAAAGACCCAAAGAAUGCAACUAUUUAUGUGCAUAAAGGCUUAUUACAAUUACAAUGGAAUGGUAAUAUCGAUAAAGCUGUGGAAUAUUUUCGCAAAGCGUUAGAAACAGAUGAGAAAUGUGAGCAUGCAUAUGAAUCUUUAGGAAGUAUCGAAGUGCAAAGAGGGAACAUAAGAGAAGCAAUAAGAUUAUUUGAUAAAGCUUUGGAAUUGUGUCGUACAUCCAUGGAGCUCGCACAUUUAUAUAGUCUGAGAGAUGCUGCACAAACGCAACUUAAUUUACAGAAUAGGUUGGGUAUGGAAGGCAUACGGACACCUUCGUUAUUCAACCCAAAUCCUAUGUCUUAAAUUAUUGAAAGAUUAAAAUAAAAAGUAUGCACUGUUACCAAAUCUAAAGGAUCCAAUUUUGUAUUAACGCAUAUCCAUUUUUAUCACAUGGGAUAUCAGAGGAACUGAUUAGAAAUGUACAAGUAGCUUGUUUCAUAUUAUUUUAUAUCAAAAGACUGUGGAGCUUGUAUAAUGGUAGUUUUUUUUU